GUGGUCUCCAGGAUAUGGUCCAGGCGCUGGAGUUCCCAGUGAUCAGGGAGCCAAAGGCUAUGGUAAACCUCUGUUACCGUGUCUGUGUCUGUCCUUUUUUCUAUUUUCCCUUGUGGUUGUAAUAUUGUGUAGGUAGCGCUGUCGAGUAACAUUUGUUGUGGUCUCUAGGAUAUGGUCCAGGAGUGGGAGAGCCCAAUGGACAGGGUGCUAAAGCAACCAAAACUGGUAACCCCAUACAAUCUAGCUGUCUGUGUGUUAUGUCCACCUGCAUGUGCCAAUCACUGUCAUUUGUAGCAAUCACUUUGUGUCAAUGGCUACAGUGCCUUUGGAAAGUAUUCAGACCCCUUUACUUUUUCCACAUUUUGUUACGUUGCAGCUUUAUUCUAAAAUGGAUUUUAAAAAAGAAUAAUCCUCAGCAAUCUACACACAAUACCCCAUACUGACAAAGCGAGAACAGGUUGUAAGACAUUUUUGCAAAUGUAUAAAAAAAUAAAAUAAAAUAAAAACUUAUUCAGACCCUUUGCUAUGAGACUCGAAAUUGAGUUUAGUUGCAUCCUGUUUCCAUUGAUCAUCCUUGAGAUGUUUCUACAACUUGAUUGGAGUCCAUCUGUGGUAAAUUCAAUUGAUUGGACAUGGUUUGGAAAGGCACACACCUGUCUAUAUAAGGUCCCACAGUUGACAGUGCAUGUCAGAGCAAAAACCAAGCCAUGAGGUCGAAGGAAUUGUCUGUAGAGCGCCAAGACAGGAUUGUGUCGAGGCACAGAUCUGGGGAAGGGUACCAAUAAAUGUCUGCAGCAUUGAAGGUCCCCAAGAACACAGUGGCCUCCAUCAUUCUUAAAUGGAAGAAGUUUGGAACCACCAAGACUCUUCCUAGAGCUGGCCGCCCGGCCAAACUGAGCAAUCGGUGGAGAAGGGCCUUGGUCAGGGAGGUGACCAAGAACCCGAUGGUCACUCUGACAGAGCUCCAGAGUUCCUCUGAAGAAGGACAACCAUCACUGCAGCACUCCACCAAUCAGGCCUUUAUGGUAGAGUGGCCAGACGGAAGCCACUCCUCAGUAAAAGGCACAUGACAGCCUGCUUGGAGUUUGCCAAAAGGCACCUAAAGACUCUCAGACCAUGAGAAACAAGAUUCUCUGGUCUGAUGAAACCAAGAUUGAACUCUUUGGCCUGAAUGCCAAGCGUCAAACCUGGCACCAUCCCUACGGUGAAGCAUGGUGGUGGCAGGAUCAUGCUGUGGGGAUGUUUUUCAGCGGCAGGGACUGGGAGACUAGUCAGGAUCGAGGGACAGAUGAAUGGAGCAAAGUCAGAGAGAUUCUUGAUGAAAACCUGCUCCAGAGCGCUCAGGACCUCAGACUGGGGCAAAGGUUCACCUUCCAACAGGACAACAACCCUAAGCACACAGCCAAGACAACACAGGAGUGGCUUCAGGACAAGUCUCUGAAUGUCCUUGAGUGGCCCAGCCAGAGCCCGGACUUGAACCCGAUCUAACAUCUCUGGAGAGACCUGAAAAUAGCUGUGCAGCAACGCUACCCAUCCAACCUGACAGAGCUUGAGAGGAUCUGCAGGGAAGAAUGGGAGAAACUCCCCAAAUACAGGUGUGCCAAGCUUGUAGCGUCAUACCCAAGAAGACUCGAUGCUGUAAUCGCUGCCAAAGGUGCUUUAACAAAGUACUGAGUAAAGGGUCUGAAUACUUACGUAAAUGUGAUAUAAAAACCUGUUUUUGCUUUGUCAUUAUAAGAUAUUGUGGGUAGAUUGAUGAGGGAAAAGAACGAUUUAAUCAAUUUUUAAAUAAGUCUGUAACGUAACAAAAUGUGGAGAAAGUCAAGGGGUCUGAAUACUUUCCGAAAGCACUGUAUAUGAUAAUACCCUCUAUGAAUGAUGCACCGGUCUUGUUGGCUCUAUGUUUGUGUUUUGUUAAGCACACUGGAAGCAAUUCACUUUUGAUUAAUUGCUUUAGGGAUGGUUGACUUGAAAUUAGAAAUAUUUUCACUGUGGCUUGGAUUUGUGUAAACAUAUCUUUCUGUCUGGUCACAGUUAUGUGGUAAGCAUGGAUGUUGUGUGUCACAGGCUACGGCCUAAUCACAGUGAUAUGUAAUGUGCAUGGAUGUUGUGCUCCGCAGGCUAGGAGCCAAUAGCAGUAUUGUGGGAUGAGUGCUUGAUGUAUGUGUUCCUCAACAGGUACCAGGGUCAAUCACAGUGUGAUGAGUUUAGGGAUCGUGUCCCACAGUCUCAAGUCAAUCGCAGGGUUUUGUGCUGAGCUUUGUUGACUUAUUCCACAGGCUACGGUGCUGGAGCAGGCAGCUAUCCUGGGGCAGGGAACAAUGGCUAUGGAGCAGGUAAUGGAACUGACACUGACAGACAAAAACCUAACCAACAUCUUCUCUCCUUUCAAUGUAUGGCUCACUAUUCUGUGGUAUAAAUAAAAUAAUUGGAAACAUUACUAAAUCUGGCACAGGUUCCAUGUUACCUCUUCACAGUACAUUCUAAUGCAUGUUAGGUGAUGUAAUUGAAAUUCACUUAAAAGUAGAUGAUAGCUUGAGUAAUGAAUGCACCUAUGCUACAGGUCUUGGACAAGGAGGAUACCCCCAGAAUGGAGCAGGCAAAGCUCCAGGAGGUGUGGCUUCUACUUUUUCGCUUUGUCUUUCUAUUUCUGUCUCUCUUUAUAUAUCUCUGUCUCUCUUUAUAUAUCUCUGUCUCUCUUUAUAUAUCUCUGUCUCUCUUUAUAUAUCUCUGUCUCUCUUUAUAUAUCUCUGUCUCUCUUUAUAUAUCUCUGUCUCUCUUUAUAUCUCUGUCUCUUCUACUUUUUCUAUCUUAAUCCAUUUUGCCCUCUUUCUCGCUCUUUCUCUCAAUCUCAGGUGCCAGUCAGAGACAGGAGGAUACCCUCAGGGUGGAGCAGGAGGAUACCCACAGGGUGGAGCAGGAGGAUACCCACAGGGUGGAGCAGGAGGAUACCCACAGGGUGGAGCAGGCGGAUACCCCCAGGGUGGAGCAGGAGGAUACCCUCAGGGUGGAGCAGGAGGAUACCCUCAGGGUGGAGCAGGAGGAUACCCCCAGGGUGGAGCAGGAGGAUACCCCCAGGGAGGAGCAGGAGGAUACCCCCAGGGUGGAGCAGGAGGAUACCCCCAGGGAGGAGCAGGAGGAUACCCCCAGGGUGGAGUAGGAAAACCAGGCAAAGCUGGUGGUGGUGAGGCUUUUACUUUGUCAAUGUCUUUCUCUUUAUUUCUCUCUCUCUCUCUCUUUAUAUUCCUCUCUCUCUCUCUCUCUCUCUCUCUCUCUCUUCUAUCUCUCUCUCCUCUUCUCUCUUCUCUCUUCUCUAUCCUUCUUUCUCUCACUCUCUCUCUUUCUAAUAUCUUUUUUCUCUCACUCUCAUUUGCCCUCUUCCUCACUCUUGCUCUCUCUCUUAGGUGCUAAUCUGGGACAGGGAGGAUACCCCCAGGCCAAUUCAUUAUCACACUUUAGCUCUCUCUUUUUCUAAUUUUCUAAUUUUCUAUGUUUCUCUAACUCUCUUACUAUCUCUCCCACCUUUAAUUUUCUCUCUCAUUUCCAUUUGCCAUCUUCUUCACUCGAUUUUGAUCUCAGGUGCCAAUCUCCCCCUCUCUCUUUUCACUACCCCUCUCUUUUUUCUCUUUAUUAAAUAUCCCACAGUACUCUCUCUAUGAAUGAUGUGCUGUGCUCUAAUGUUUUUUUAUUUGUCACCACAGGUUAUGGUGAUCAAAUGGGAGGAGCAUACCCCGGGGCUGGAGCGGGCAACGGCUAUGGGAAUGGUGAGUCAGCAUGCUUCCCCUUGUCAAAUUCCUUUAAGGUCAAAUGGCUUAAAAUAUAACUACAGUUAGAGGACACUGUAGACUGAAGUAUAGAGCUGAGGCAUUGACGAUGAAAUAUGAGAUUCAACAGAUAUGUUGGGAAUGACUGAGGAUUACAGUAGCAGGGUGAAACAUAGCUGCCUCUCUAGAGCCGGAAGACAACUGCACCAAGGUUGUCACUGAGGAGUGAUCUUAAAUUAGAGAAGGCAGAUCCUCAGGGUCUGUGCCACCAGGAAGUGACCUCGACUUCCUUUGUCCUCAUGCAGGUGGAGGCCCAGCUGGGGGGGCCAAUGCAGUGCCUGCAGGUAUUUGGUGUCGGCAUGUGUCUCUGUCUAUCUGUCUGUCUGUGCAUGGCAUGCACAUGUCCUUCUCUAUCUGUUAAACUUUCUACCCCCUGUACAGUAAGUACUGUUGUGGAAAACUUCUGCCAUAACAUUACACAAGCCCACGCUAAAGCCAGAGGAGUUGGAAAGCUGCAUGCUAGAGCUGGCGCUUUCAAGGAGCAGGACACUAAUCCGGACCCUUAUAAGAAAUCGCGCUAUGCCCUCAGAUGAACCAUCAAACAGGCAAAGUGUCAAUACAGGACUAAGAUUGAAUCCUACUACACCGGCUCUGAUGCUCGUCGGAUGUGGCAGGGCUUGCAAACUAUUACGGACUACAAAGGGAAACCCAGCUGCGAGCUGCCCAGUGACGCGAGCCUACCAGACGAACUAAAUGCCUUUUUAUGCUCGCUUCGAGGCAAGCAACACUGAAGCAUGCAUGAGAGCACCAGCUGUUCCGGACAACUGUGUGAUCACGCUAUCCGUAGCCGAUGUGAGCAAGACCUUUAGACAGGUCAACAUUCACAAGGCCGCGGGGCCAGACGGAUUACCAGGACGUGUACUCAGAGCAUGCGCAGAUCAACUGGCAAGUGUCUUCACUGACAUUUUCAAGCUCUCCCUGACCGGGUCUGUAAUACCUACAUGUUUCAAGCAGACCACCAUAGUCCCUGUGCCCAAGAAAGCGAAGGUAACCUGCCUAAAUGACUACCGCCCCGUAGCACUCACAUUAGUAGCCAUGAAGUGCUUUGAAAGGCUGGUCAUGGCUCACAUCAACACCAUCAUCCCGGAAACCCUAGACCCACUCAAAUUUGCAUACCGCCCAAACAGAUCCACAGAUGACACAAUCUCAAUCGCACUCCACACUGCCCUUUCCCACCUGGACAAAAGGAACACCUAUGUGAGAAUGCUGUUCAUUGACUACAGCUCAGUGUUUAACACCAUAGUGCCCACAAAGCUCAUCACUAAGCUAAGGACCCUGGAACUAAACACCUCCCUCUGCAACUGGAUCCUGGACUUCCUGAUGGGCUGCCCCCAGGUGGUAAGGGUAGGCAACAACACAUCUGACACGCUGAUCCUCAACACUGGGCUCAUCAGGGGUGCGUGCUUAGUCCCCUCCUGUACUCCCUGUUCACCUACGACUGCGUGGCCAAGCACGACUCCAACGCCUUUAUUAAGUUUGCUGUCGACACAACAGUGGUAGGCCUGAUCACCGACAACGAUGAGACAGCCUAUAGGGAGGAGGUCAGAGACCUGGCAGUGUGGUGCCAGGACAACAACUUCUCCCUCAAUGUGAGCAAGACAAAAGGAUCUGAUAGUGGAUUACAGGAAAAGGAGGGACGAACACGCCCCCAUUAACAUCAACAGGGCUGUAGUGGAGAGGGUCGUGAGUUUAAAGUUCCUUGGUGUCACCAACGAACUAUCAUGGUCCAAACACACCAAAUAGUCGUGAAGAGUGCACGACAACACCUUUUCCCCCUCAGGAGACUGAAAAGAUUUGGCAUGGGUUCCCAGAUCCUCAAAAGGUUUUACAGCUGCACCAUCGAGAGCAUCCUGACCGGUUGCAUCACCGCCUGGUAUGGCAACUGCUUGGCAUCCGACCGUAAGGCGCUACAGAGGGUAGUGUGUACGGCCCAGUACAUCUCUGGGACAAGCUUCCUGCCAUUCAGGACCUAUAUACUAGGCAGUGUCAGAGGAAGGCCCAGAAAAUUGUAAAAAGACUCCAGUCACCCAAGUCAUAGACUGUUCUCUCUGCUACCGCACGGCAGCUCUUUUUAAUUAUAUUUCUUGAACUGCAUUGUUGGUUAAGGGCUUGUAAGUAAGCAUUUCACGGUAAGGUCUACAUCUGUUGUAUUCGGCGCAUGUGACAAAUAACAUUUGAUUUGAAAUGUGUGCUUUCUUGUGAAGGUUUUUAACGUGCCCCCUCCUCUCCACAGGCUAUGGCAAUGGCUACGGUGCUGGUGCUGGAGGCAAUGGUUAUGGAGCCGGUAGGUCUCAUCAUCUAUAGCCAACCAACUAACAUCUGUGGGUGGGUGACCAACUACUAACCCGCUCACAUACAGACAUAAUUAUAAUUGAUUGAUGAUUAUAAUUAUGUUUCAGGGAUUGGGUACCCAACAGUGUUAGCGGAUGGUGCUGCUGGGCUGGGAGGCAAGGCAGGCAAGGGAGCAGGAGGUAACCAUUCAUAACCAGUAAUAACUCAUAAUAACUCAAUCAGGUAAUUACUUUAUUCUAUGGAAAUAUGACUCUCUCUCAGUAAGAUGAGGAAGGUCAUUAACACUUUCUAUGAGGUAUAUAUACAAAUAAUGUGUUAUAGUGCAUUAUAACACUUGCUAUAAGCUGUCAUAACAACUCAUGAGUAGUUAUAACAUCCCAACUUAGGAUCUUACUUAGGCCUACUCGAAACAAAUAAAAAUCUUUCAAAGUCUGCAUUGAGUGAGGUAAGAGGGAAGUACAUUUAUUUGGCAGGUCAUAAUCAUAUAACAUGCAAUGUGUAAUGUAACAGUGUGGACGCUAGGUGUAGCAAUUGUCUCCCAUUUGGAAAUAACUAUUGACCAUGCCAAUGUUCUGCCAACCACGUUUUAUCUCCUAUAAUUUUGUUUUAUGAGGGGGUUUUAUUCAUCCCUUUAGGGGACCUCUAUCUAACCACUGAGUUAACCGCCCAGGGGUUCAUCGUUUGUUUUAAUCCUCUGCUAUUCUAGGUCUUGGCGCAGGAGGAUAUCCACAGGGACAGGAGCAAUAUGGUGAGGAAGUCACCCUGAGAUGGAAGAGGAGGGAUCAAGAAGUGGAUAUUUUCCCUAUAAUGUCCUGUCUUGAAAAGAUAGAGGGCAUCAACAAGCAGGAUGUAUACAUGGAAGGAGAAUAACUUUCACCCUAAUUAAUGUUACUAAUCACAUCACACUCCAAAAUGUGCAUGCUACUAACGAAAGUAAUUGUCACGUUCGCUUACAGACGGGUCAGACCAAGGCGCAGCUUGAUAUGCAUACAUGUUUAUUUAAAGGAAUAAACAACCGACAAAACAACAAAACGAACCGUGAAGUCCAAGGCAGCACAACACAACAUACCUUAACUGGAACAAGAUCCCCCAACCCACUAGUGGCAACAGGCUACCUAAGUAUGGUCCCCAAUCAGAGACAACGAGCUAUAGCUGCCUCUGAUUGGGAACCACCCUGGCCAACAUAGAUCUAAACGAUCUAGAAACUAAACAUAGAAAACACAACAUAGAAACUACACACCCUGGCUCAACAUUUAAGAGUCCCCAGAGCCAGGGCGUGACAGUAAUGAAACACUCCCUGGACAUAUCACUGUGUAAUACCUAAUCACUCACCCAAAACACUCCGAAUUACCAUCGGGAACGACCAUCUGAAACAUACCUGAUCAAUUAAUCCAUAAUCAUGUAAUAAUCCAUAAACGUGCAGUAUAUGGAUGACCCCUUUAACCAUACAAUUAUGUUUGUAAAACAUCUGUUUCAGGAAUGCCAACGUAUCAAAAUAUGCAUGUUCAGCACAUCAUUCAUUACAUCAUCUGGAUGAUUACAUCUAAAUAUAUCUUCAUUCUAAAUUCAAUGAUACAUAGCGAAAUAGUCUCUCCAUUUUAUGAUUUCCUUCAGACAAUCAUACAUUCUGUGUUCCACUUCUCAUCUGACAUACUGUCUAUACUCACUCUGAUCAUCUCUGUGUAAUCCAUCUCUGUUUAACUCGCAUGCCUCCUCCUUCAUGCAGUACCCUGUGUGUCUGUAGGGGGUGCUGGCUCUGGUCCUGGUGGUGCUCUGCCCUAUGGGGGCCAGCCUGUGGUCCCCGCUGGGCUGGGGCCUGAUGGUGGGAAGUCGGACGGGUACGGCCCGGGUCCCUACAGGGUUGCUCAGCCUAUGGGGCUGGGGCCUGAUACUGGCCUGGGUAAAUACACACUAAAGAGAGAGGAGGUGAACAAAGGAAGAAGAAGAGAAAAUAGAGGCAGAAAAAGGAUAGAAAAAACGGAGUGGUCAGGAAAAAUAAAGAGGUAGAGAGAUGAAGAGAAGGAUUAGACAAAGAAAAAAGCAAGUCCGUGAUGAACACUGAAGCAGCAAUAGAGGGUCUCAAAGGUCACUGUCAAAAACUCAAGGGUCACUGUCACAGGAAAGCCAGUAAUCAUUGUCAUUUUACACAUUUGCUUACAGUUGAUGCCAUAAUUGAGUCAUAUGUUUUCCAUGCUUUGAUGUGGUCUGUGGGGUGGGAGGAGAGAUGAUGAGACUCUAUAAGCAACCCUUGUGGUGUUCCACAGGGGGUGGAGUCGGUCAGCUUCCUUACAAUGGAGCCCCAGUCAAUACUGCUGGACUAGAUGGUAAGAGCAUUGUGACCCUGCUUAUACAGUGUGGAUGUGUGAGGGAAAAUAAACUGUGUGUGUGUGUGGUUGUGAAUGUUUAUGUGAGGUCUUGUUAUAACAGUAUUAGACACAAUUAAAUACACUUUUUGCAAUACAUUCUCCCAGCAGGUGAUGGAGGCUACCCUUAUGGCGCUCAGCAACUGGGCCUUGGUGGUGGUGAUGGAGGCAAAUCCUUUAGCAAAUAUGGUGAGACUGGUAGUGUGUGUGUGUGAGAGAGAGAGAGCAUAAGAAAGAGAAACAGAGAUGUGUGUGUACUAUCUUUUUAUGUGUGUGAAUAUGUGCGUGUGUGUGUGGUAUUUUCUUUCUAAACCUGUCUUGGUUCUGCUGUCUCCGACUAUCUCUCUAAAGGCAACGGUGGGUUGCCACUGGGUGCACAGCCUUAUGGACCUGAGACUGGUGGUGUUGGUGGUGGGAAACCACCUUGCAAAAAUGGUACAUGUCUUUGUGUACAUGUCUGUCUGUCCUAUAUGCAUCGUCAGUCGCUAUACGUGUGUUUGUGUGUCCGUCCGUCCGUCUGCUCAUGUGGUAUAUAUGUUUUUGUGUGUGUCUUUUGUAGUAUGUCUGAAUGUGUUUGUCGUUGUUCCUCCCAUUUACAUGUGUGUACUUGUCUCUUGUCAUUUCAGGAAAUGGAGGGGGCUAUGGAGCGCAGCCAGCAGGUGAUUAAACUCACACUCACACCCACAACCCCUACACUGCUUAUCUUGGGAAAUUCUGUGUGUGGUAACUGCUUAAGGUGUGAAUGCAUGUGGUUGAGGAAGAGCACAAAUUGUUCAGUGUUAGUCUGUUGUGCAUGUUCUGUGCGUGUCUUGUAAAUGUCCCUUAUGUCAGUGUGUCCUGUCUGUGGUAACUAUUGUUACGACUGUCAUCUUGGCAUGUGACUGCUUAGGCUAUGGUCAAGGACAGCUGGGUGCAGGUCAGAGUGCCCCCUACAGUAACGGUACGUUAUAUAGUCACAUUCCCUGACUGCUCUCUUCUGUCAGAAUAAUCAUAUUAGUUCCUAUCAGUGGAGGCUGGUGAGGGGAGAAUGGCUCAUAGUAAUGGCUGGAAUGGAGUAGAUCCAUUCCAGCCAUUAUCGUAAUUAUAGUAUAGAGAAAGAGAGGGAGAUUAUUGGCUGGAAUUGAGUGGACAGAAUGGAAUGAAAUGUGUUGCAUUCCAUUCCAUCGAAUCCAUUCCAGCCAUUACUAUGCUGUCCUCCCCUCACCAGCCUCCACUGGUUCCUACGUCUAACCAGGGAUGUCCAUUAACGCCGUUGCAUUUUUGUUUGUUCUGUUUGGUUGUUUUGUUGUCUCCUGAACUAACAAAACCUAAAGCAAGGGUCCUCCAAUGUGGAGAUAGAAAAUAACAUUCAGAUGUCAUCUGUUUGCUAAUCUACUGCUCCUCCUUUGUGUCUGACUUUGUGUCUCCUUCAGGAGCAGGAGGGAAGGAAAGCAAAUAUGGUGGUGGUGGACUAAAUGGAUUCUUUGGAAAUGGAGGAUACAAAGGUGUGUGGGUUUGAGUUUUUGUUACUAAUUUAAUGGUUUGUUACUGUGACUCUGAGACAUGAAGUCACCUUAUUGCUCUCUUUAACCAGUUGGGAUACAGAAAACACAUUAAAGAAACAAAGAUUAUCAGGAAGAAGAAAAGAAGGAGAGUGAGAAUAAGAGACUGAGAGAGAGAGCGACACUAGAGAGGGGGAGAGGUUUAGAGCUAUGAGAGGAGUAGAGAGAGAGAGAUAGAGAGAGGGGAGUUUUGGAAAAGGUUUAGGGGGGGAGAAAAGGAAAGGGGAGAGAAUAGAGAGGGGGAGGGAAUAGAGAAGAAGAGUAGAGGAAGAGGAAAAAAGGGGGGGGUAGAGGAAAGAGGGGAAAAGAAAGAAGGGGGAAGGGGAGAGGGAGAGAAGAGAGAAAAGAGGGGAAAAAGAAAUAAUAAUAUAAUUCUUUUAGAAAAUUUUAAAACAAAUAAAUUUUAAAGGGAAAAAAAAAACAAAGGCAAGGAAAAAUGAAAAAAGAGAAGAAGAGAAAGAAAAAGAGAGAGAGGAGAAGGGGGGUUGGGGAAAAAGAAGGGGUAGGAAAAGGAAGUAAAGGGGAGGGGGGGGGAGAGAGAGAUGAGAGGAGAGAGAAGAGAGAAAGGAGAAGAAAAGAGGUGGGGAAAGAGAAGAAAAGAGGGACCGGGGGGUUAUUUAUAUUCUAUAUAAAAGCUUAAAUUUCUAUUUUUGUAUUAUAUGCGAAAAGAUCGUCUUAUCUCUCUCUCUCUCUCUCUCUCUCUCUCUCUCUCUCUCUCUCUCUCUCUCUCUCUCUCUCGCUCUCUCCAGGUUAAGUUAAUCAGCUGAGGCCUUCUUGAAGUGAAUAUUUGUUCCAUUCCAUCAUGUGUUCAUUGUGAUGUUUGUUGUUUGGUCUGUUGUUACUUUUACCCAUUCCAUUUUUAUUCUGUAUUUGUCUGUUUUUUCUUCAUGGUCCCUGUCUUUUGUAUUGUUGUGCGUGACUGUCCCCUCUCUUCCUCUAUGCCCCCUGCCUGUUUUUGGAGAUUGUGUUGCCAGUGUGUUUGUGUUCAUAUCCAUUUCACACUAAAGGUCAGAAAGCAACCGUAUAAUGUCUGUCUGUCUCCUCAUUCUUUUAACCUUGGUAAAAGUUUGGUAAAUGUACUGUACAUGUAAUGUGAGGGUUGAGUUUUAAGAAUGAAGCUCUAUGAGUUGAAAUCAACACCAAAUAAAAUAAAAUUCAAAGACAUGUUCCCAAAA